CCCCUUCAACCGCUUGUCUCUCUCCUGAUAACAAUCAGAGACCGCAGCUUCAAAGCCCCAAAACGCAAACAAACACAACCUUGAUAACUCUCCCUCUCUCUCUGUCUAUGCUCUUUAUAUGUUUCUCUCUUUAAAUCAAAACCUAUAAAAGAACCUUGUUUUCGAAAUCUUCCCUCUCUCCCUCUCUCUCUCCCUUUCUUUUUCCCUCUAAUUUCUUAUCUUGCUCAUUAGUUUCUCAUUUGGGUGUUCUUAGAUUUUGUUCUGAAAUCAAACCCUAAAUCUUGAUUUGUACAGAUCUGAUUUUGAUAAAACAAAACCCAUACUUUUAAGAUUUGUAAAAAAAAAAAAUUGAUUUGAAAUUAGGGUUUAGACCACGGUUACAAAUUGAAAGAAAAAGAGAGGAUCUUUUAGGGGGGGGAAAUUAAUUGGAACAAUAAAAUAAAAUUUAAAGAAGAGGAAAUUAAAUGGCAGAACAAGGAAGCUUGGAAGGUAGCCAACCAGUGGAUCUUUCCAAGCACCCUUCUGGCAUUGUUCCCACACUUCAGAACAUUGUGUCAACUGUUAACUUAGAUUGUAAGCUGGAUCUUAAGCAAAUUGCAUUGCAAGCUCGAAAUGCGGAAUAUAACCCAAAGCGUUUUGCUGCUGUCAUUAUGAGAAUUAGGGAACCGAAAACCACUGCAUUGAUUUUUGCUUCCGGCAAGAUGGUGUGCACAGGCGCAAAAAGUGAGCAACAGUCGAAACUUGCAGCAAGAAAGUAUGCUCGGAUUAUCCAAAAGCUUGGGUUUCCAGCCAAGUUUAAGGAUUUCAAGAUUCAGAACAUUGUUGGUUCCUGUGAUGUCAAAUUCCCUAUCAGACUUGAAGGCUUGGCAUACUCUCAUGGUGCUUUCUCAAGUUAUGAACCUGAGCUCUUUCCAGGCCUAAUUUAUCGCAUGAAACAACCAAAAAUUGUGCUCCUCAUUUUUGUGUCAGGGAAAAUUGUGAUCACUGGAGCCAAGGUGAGGGAUGAGACAUACACGGCCUUUGAAAAUAUAUACCCUGUCCUUACUGAAUUCAGGAAGGUCCAGCAAUGAUAUAUGUGGAUAUCAGUUACUGUUGGGGUUGGUUUGAUAUGGGAUUUGGCAACUGUGGGUUUUAAGCUAUAGGUCUUAUUCCCGUGCUCUUUUACCCCGGGGAUAAGUCUCUUCCUCUCCCUAAUGCGGACACAUGACAGGGUUCAUCGAGCUCUGUAACUGUAAUUACUCAAUUCCGUCAGGACUCAGGAGUCGGCUAGGGGUGGUGGGAAGCAGACAGACAGUAGAGAACAUGUUCCUGUUUUAAUCUGAUGUGGAUUUCUUGAACAAUUCUAAGUAUUAAAAAGAAGAAAGAAAAAAAAAAAACGUUUUCCAAUUUUGGCUUGAAACUUGUAUUUAUGUCAUAUUUAUUGGAUUUGGUGCAGUAAUUCUAGGGUGUAAAUGUAAGCUGAACUAAAAUCGCCUUAACAUAAAUUGACAGGUUUUAUUGUAGCA